UUCAUGUCCUUUUGUGUGGAAAUUAAGAUGCCAACGAGAAUAGAAGCAGCUGUAACCAACCACAAGCUUUUGGAGAUUGAGCAUUCUUCAGAUGUUUUGGACUUACUCAUAAUUAAACUUUCAUAUUUUGACUCAGCACACACUAUUGAAUCACUCAGAGCUUUAAUGUAUCACAAAAACAGUUAUUUCUUUUCUUAAUAUUUAAACAUUUACAUAGAUAGCAGCAUUACACAGUGAUUUUGUCAUUAUCAACAGCUGACAAUGUGCCAUGAUAUAUUUUGUACAACAGGAAUUUGAGGAUGCGAAUAUUGUGUGGCUGUUUAAUUGUCAGUAUUAAUUCGUCCAUAUACUUGUCACUUAGUUUGUUCUGUUGUGCAUUCUUUCAGGGUUGAAUUGUUAAUUUUGAAAAUUCUUGUUUUGCUAACGUUGACAUAUUUUAUGCUGUACAUGCUUUGACAGUCUUGACUAAAUUUUGAUGUUAUAACGGCAGCAAAUAUACUCAGAGAGAUAUCAACAUUCCAAAGACUAAUUCUUAAAUCAACAUUUUAUAUAAAUAUGCUCAUUGAAAUGCUUGCUCAAGGAUUGUGUGAAUGAAUUCAUAAUGAAGAAAAGUUUGGUUGUAUUUUGUUUAUUAUGUUUGAUUUUGAGUGUAUUUUGUAAAACAAGAACCAGGUUCUUCCAAAAUGGAAUAAAAACUACAUGUCUGGGGAUUGUUUGUCCAAAAGAUUUCAUAUUUGAACCGUGUACACUUGGUGAUGGCAAGAAUGAUAAGUGCGUUGAAUGUCCACCAGAAAGGCCAAUCUCAGUAGCCAAAUUUGAUUCAGCAUUUUUUUAUGAACCACCUGAUGUUUGUAAAAAUCCUAGUGAAGAAUGUGUCUGUGCUGCUGAAUCCAAACUUAUAAAUCAAAGAGAAUGUUUAAAUAACCUAAAUCCAGAAUGUCAGUGUGAUGUAUCAAGAGGUUACUUUGGUAGUGAUCCAAAGCUGUGUAAAUUGUCAGAAAAUCCUUGCUCUUUCCCUGGGUUUGAACUUGCAUUGAAUGGUAGUUGUUUACAGUGUGCAGAUCAGUUUUACAAAGAACAGAUUGGACAUGGGAAAUGUAAAAAACAGUCAAAAUGUCAACAUCCAUAUGUUGUCAAUCAGCCAGGAGAUUUCAGAACAAAGAGGACUUGCAAACUGCAAACAACUGUCACCACACCUUUCCAAAGAAAUAAAACAUCUGUUCCCACUUCUGUCUCAACUACUUCUACUAAAGGAUAUACAAGUAUUCCAUCCGCUUCAAUGACUGUUAAUGAUACAACAACAAACAGUGGUACUGAAGAAGAACCUGUCAUUGGUUUGGAAGUGAUAUUGAUAAUUGGCACUGCUGGAAUCAUAAGUCUUUUAAUCAUGCUAGUGGUAAUAGUUUUGAAAAGAAAAUUGAGGAGGGAAGAUGUCGACGAAGAAAAUCCUGGAAUUUUGAAUCAAUUAAGAAUUAACAUCCCAAACUUGAACCUUACUAAUGAGUCAAAGAAAAUUGAACAUUCAAAUAGUAGUGUUAAAGAAUUGCAAAAGAACAGUGAAGAAAGAGAAAGUUUACUUCCAAAAACAACUUUGAAGUCAAAUGAUUUAGGGGAUAAAGCUGAUUCUAAUGUUCCAAGUGAUGAACCACUUAACACUAUAAGAAUUGGUGAUCAAAAUAUCUUACGAACAAUACAGACUUCAGAACCUGGCAGUAAUUUGAUAGUAGCGGGAAAUAGUGGCAUACCAGAUAUUGGUGCUGAUCAAUUAUCUAGUGAAAGUUGUCAGACCAGUGGGUCUGGUGUGAUAAAUGGGAAAACCAAGAAUGACAGUAGUGAAAUUAUACUGAAGGCCAUACAAAGGCAACUAGAAAACCAAUCAGAUACCUUGAAAAAUGUUGAAUCAGUUGUUACAAAUCUUUUUCCAAAUCAAAUUAUGAGAGAAAGUGCUAAAUCUAAGAAUGCAUCUGUUCAGACAUUUGACAAUGUUGUAGAUAGUUGUGAAGAAUUUAAUAGAACAGGGCAGCUGUCUCAAUCAUCUGAUAAUCUUGCAACACGUGAAAAUGGAAACAACUCAGUAGACACAGAGUUAAAAAAUAUAAUUUUACCGAAGGACACAAAUGUAAAAGCAAUGGAACAAGAGCCUACUUCUAAUGUACCAAUUUUACAUGUAGACUCAAUGUUAUCUGAAGUGAAUGCCAGCUCCUCUGUUUCUGUUUCUGUAUAUCGUCUAUAUUGGCAAUCAUCAGGAGAGGACAGACCUAGUACAGCAUGUGCAGGCAGUAUAGAAUGUUGUGAUGGUCACCAACAUUGUCUGAAGUCUAGAGUAUUGCCUUACUUUGUGACUGGGAAAGUACUUCUGAAAGUUCAACAAACUCUGAAAAAUAUGACAGAUCAUGUCAUGUUUGUACCAUACAGUGAACAUGAUGGUGCGAAGCCUUAUAUUGAUAUCCAAAUGGAACAGUUAUCAAAGAGUUUAGAAAUGCAAAGUCUUUUUGAACCUGACAGCAUCAUUCUAGAUCUGGAGUCAUUUGAGACUAUAAAUUUACAAAGACCGGAGGAACAUUUGUCACAUUGGGUGAAUUCCAUAUCUGUACAGCCUCAUCAGAUGCCAGUGCCACAUGAACAAAACCAAGUAGAUAGUGGAAUAGACAACAACACAAGACACAAUGAAUUGCAGAAUGAAGAGACAUUUAAUAGGCUUUCUCCUGAAAGUUUUGAGGAUGAUGAUUGAAUGUUGAAUAUGAGUAUGGUUUUAUAUGUUCGUUCAAACACUAUUCAAACAUUAUUACUAUUUUAUAACAGUUAUAAGUGUUCUUAAUUACGAAACAAUUCUAUAUUGUUUCUGGACAAAUCAUGUCAGCAUUUAAACAAUACAUUCAAGUAGAUUUAUUUUUACACAGUGAAUAAACAAUUACACGGGUGGUAAUGAAGAGAAGAUUGCAGAAAUGUUCAAGUCUUCUUUUUUUUGUGAAUGAUAAUUAAGUGUGAAACAUGAUAUUUUAAUGACUCAUUCAUAUAUGGCAAUAAAUAAUACUACUUAUAUGCUUAAGCAGAAAUACAACUUAAAUUGUCUAUAAGCUUUAAAAAAAUUGCCUUAUAACCUUUUCCAAAUUGAUCUGUUCAAUGUAUUCUUUAAAUCUUUCCUCCUGAUUCUUGCAUUAUUGACAUUAUUUACAAUUAAGAUCUGAUUAAAGAGAUUCAUUUUUGUAAGAUCUUUUAUGCUUUUUAAAUAAUGAAAUGAAUUUGAAAUAAAAAGACGAGAAUUGUAUUUUCAAAACAAAUUACAUAUAUAUUUUUUGGAUUAAUAUAUAAUCAGGUGUUAUAAUACAGUGUUGCUUUUAUAAAAGUCUAUAUAUUCGUUUCAUGUUUUUUUAAAUAAUAUAUUGGUUUUUAAUAGAAAUAGAUUUACCUAUAGUUUUUAUACAAAGGGGGUAUUUAGGGGUAUUUUUGAUCCAGAGAUUUCAGUAUUCUUAGAUUGAUCUGUAAGGGAUGAAAACAUAUGGUCAGUAUAAUUCAGUUGAUGAAUGUCAAAACAGAAAUAAUAACCUAACAUAGUUAGUCACACUAUACAACUAACCAUUUUGUCAAUUUAGUAUUGCUUCAAGAAAUUUAAAUAAAUCUUCAUCUAGUGACUAUUUAAUGAGAUUUUUCUUUGUAAAAUGUUUCUAGGUUCCAUUUGUAAAUGAAGGUGAUACAUUUUAAUCUCUGCUUAAAGGCUUAAAAAACAGUAAACUUAGUUAUAAGCUUAAAUGUGAAUAUAACAUAAACUGUUUACAAGUUGUAUUAAAAAAAUUGUGUACUCCGCUUUGGUGGAGGUGCCAUGAAGAUUUUAUCCUUUGUAAGUUGUUACGUUAGUACUUUGUUUGUAUGUACGUUUUUACAUCCAUUCUCUGACUAAAGUUUGUUCCAACCAAAUGUAAUGAAACUAAUACACAAUGCAUGUUACAAUCACACAGAGAUCAAAUUUUAAUUUGAGUGGCAUUACUCUCACUGACCUAUGUCCCUUUAUAACUGACAAAAAGAACAAAUGUGCAGAUUCCACAAUCUGACUUUAUCAUGCAUUGUCCAAAAGUUAUGAGACUUGUACACAAUGCUCAUUAUUACCAACAAAGAUCUUUUUUUAAAUUUGGGCAGCAUCACUGUCACCGUUCUUGAUUUAUGUCCCUUUAUGUAAUGAGCAUCUUCUUAAAUUAUUUAGCGUUUAGUUGACAUACAUAUUAAUUCAUAUUAUUUGCUUUUUAGAAAAAUUUACAAAUUUAUUAUAAUCUAUUAUCAUUGCAAUUAAAAAUGUAUUGGGUUUGUUUCUUGUUGAUAUUUAUGUACCAGUACGUGAAAAAUAAUUUUGUUCCCACACUUGCAUAUUAUAGAACAAAUAUUUCUCAUCGCAUAACAUGACUACAUUUUUACAUGGAAGCGAAAUUCAUAUAAUUAACUAAAAAGGGAGUAUACAAAAGUAAUUGAAAAGUAUGAACUAGUCAAAAUGGUAGGAGUUGUAAAGUAUCAUAUAACCUAGCUAGGUUUGUUGUGAAAAUUGUGUUCUCAUAAAGUGCUGAAAUUUGAACCAGAAUAAAAUUUUGCUUGAAUUAUUAACUCUUAUUUUGAACAACUAUGAGAACCAAAAAUAUUUUUGAAAUGGUUUUAAUUCCAGAAGUGACAGUUUAUGUUCAGUCUGUAUCUGGUUUCAAUUUAUUUAAAAAUGUAAUCAAAAUUAAUUUUCUUUGGGCUUUUAUGAAUUGUCAAACUGUUUUUUAUAAUUCUCUUUUAUGUUUAAAUAAAAACAAAAGUAAACUGUUGUCUGUUUUGGUAAACAAUUAUAUUUGAAGCAUUAUAUGACAUUAAUUGAAAGUGUCCUUAAUUUUAAGAUUGUCUUUGAGGAAAUGUAAAUAUAUAGCGAUCGUUAUAUGUACCUCAUUUGAAAUGAGCCUAAUGUGUAAAUAUUGUUUGUAGUUAGUAUAGACUUAUAUAUGUGCAUUGUCAAAUAUCUCAUUGAAAAUGAGACUAAUCAGUCUUCAUUUGUAUUUUUAAAAUGUUUGUUGGAAAAGAACUAGGAUGGUUAAAGUACUUUCUUAUCCAUAGGAAAAUUGAAUAUUGAUAAGGAUUGGAUUGUAUUAGCCCACUAUGUUUUUGUUUUACGAUGGUGUUCAUUAUUGCUCUGAGAUAUUUAUAUUAAGUUUUUCUUUCAUGUCAAAUAUGCACAUUGAAUGACUUCUAACUGUGAAUAAGCAAAACAAAAACUUGAUAACCCAUUUUUUUAGGGCAACUUUCUAUUUAAUAUUUUUAUUUUCACUUCAUUAUAGCUCAAGGUAAAAAUAUUCUUGGCCUGUCUGUCAGUUAAGUUUAUUAAAUUUAUAUAUACAUCUAAUUGAGAUGUGAAUUUGUUGAACGCCAAGGUCACACAUACUUACAAUAGACCAUUUUUGUGACUAAAAAGGCUUUCAAGAAGAUUGCUCAAGAACCUUUGAUUAAAGUGGUCACAUUUAAUGAUUGAAAAGUAUUUUUUUAUGAGGUAGUCCAGUUAUUGGUGAUAUUACAUUAACUGUUCUAGAGUUAUGCCCCUUUAAUGUUAAAUCACUUCAUUUCUGUUUUGUAUCUUCUGUUUUGUAUCUUAUGUUUGCUUCAACCAAAUGUCAUAAAAUUUAUGCAUGAUAUUUUCAGAUCAAGUCACAAUUUUGGGUACUUUUUUGUAAUUUUUACCAUUAUUCAGUUAUGUUCCUUUAUAACUUUAUAUGAUAUAUGCAAGCAGGAGCAUCAUCUGUGUCCCAUACACACAUUGUCAAUUUAUUUAGAAUUGUACCAUGCAUACAGAUUUGAAUACUGAGAAUUAAAACUUCAAACAUGACAAGAAGUACCUAUUUGUCCCUGUGGACCCACGACCCUUGUUUUAAAAAAGUGAUUGAAUCAGUCAAUAUUACAUGUUAGAGAGCACAUAUGAAUUGCAAUGUAUAUUCUGUUAGUUUUACCAUCAUAUUACAGUUACAUUUCUUCCAUUUGUCAAUGUAACUUUCAUAAAUGUUUAUUUUCUUCAAUGAGUUUACCAAAAAUGUUGUCAAGGAAAACAUUGCCAAUUGCCGCAAAAGCAAAGCACUGGUUAUUUUGUUCAGCUAAAUUUAAGUAUUUUCAUAAAUAGUUUGCAUGCAGUAUAUACAAACAAUGCAAAACAAGUGUGUUGAUUAACAAGAUAUGCAGAGCUUUUUUGUAUUACUCUUGCAUUGCUUUCAUAUACUGCAUAGUUGCUUUAUUUUGCAUUGUUGCUUUUAUAUGAAUUGUAAGCAUAUGAAAAAAAUAAAAAGAUUUGUCUUCCAGCUAUUCAAAUAUCAACAAUUGUAUGCAUUGAAUUCUGCUGUAAAUAUUAUGAUAUGAUUUUUUGAAAUAUAUAUACUCCAAAUUAGCUUUUGACACAAAUUUUGUAGUUUAGUGAAUAAAUAUGAAUGUGAAAAUUGUAAGCCAGUAGUUAUAUUCAUUCAAACUUAUAAUUGUACCUAUUAUCAUGUUACUAAAAUUUGCUGUUACAAAAUUUUGGAAAUUAAUGUAUCCCCUCAUGCAAAGCUUUCAUUCCUUGCCCAGUUUGGGCUCUAUUUUUUGGCUUUUUUAGCUUAACUGGCCCAUGAGCUUUUCUCAUCACUUAGCGUCGGUCGUCGUCCGGCGUCCGGCGUCGUUAACUUUUACAAAAAUCUUUUCCUCUGAAACUGCUGGGCCAAAUUUGACCAAACAUUGUCAUAAUCAUCAUUAGGGUUUUUAGUUUAAAAAUUGUGUCCGGUGACCCCCCCAACCAACCAAGAUGGCCGCCAUGGGUAAAAAUAUAACAUAGGGGUAAAAUGCAGUCUUUGGCUUAUAACUCAAAAACCAAAGUAUUUAGAGCAAAUCUGACAUGAAGUAAAAUUGUAUAUCAGGUCAAGAUCUAUCUGCCCUAAAAUGUUCAGCAACAAUGUUCAGCAAAGUAAGAUUUACAAAAAAGUCAACAUGACCGAAAUGGUCAGUUGACCCGUUUAGGAGUUAUUGCCCUUUAUAGUCAAUUUUUAACCAUUUUUCGUAAAUCUUAGUAAUCUUUUACAAAAAACUUCUCCUCUGAAACAACUGGGCCGAAUUAAACCAAACUUGGCCAAAACUAGCAUUGGGGUAUUUAGUUUAAAAAAUGUGUGGCGUGACCCGGCCAACCAACCAAGAUGGCCACCACAGCUAAAAAUAUAACAUAGGGGUAAAAUGCAGUUUUUGGCUUAUAACUCAAAAACCAAAGCAUUGAGAGCAAAUCUGACGGUGUUAAAAUGUUCAUCAGGUCAAGAUCUAUUUGUUCUUAAAUUUUCAGAUGAAUCGGACAACCCGUUGUUGGGUUGCUGCCCCUGAAUUGGUCAUUUUAAGGAAAAUUUGCUGUUCUUGGUUAUUAUCUUGAAUAUUAUUAUAGAUAGAGAUAAACUGUAAAUAGCAAUAAUGUUCAGCAAAGUAAGAUUUACAAAAAAGUCAACAUGAUCGAAAUGGUCAGUUGAACUGUUUAGGAGUUAUUGCCCUUUAUAGUCAAUUUUUAACCAUUUUUCUUAUUCUUAGUAAUCUUUUACAAAAAUCUUCUCCUCUAAAACAACUGGGCCAAAUUAAACCAAACUUGGCCACAACUAUCAUUGGGGUAUCUAGUUUAGGAAAUGUGUGGCGUGACCAGGCCAACCAACAAAGAUGGCCGCCACAGCUAAAAAUAGAACAUAGGGGUAAAAUGCAGUUUUUGGCUUAUAACUCAAAAACCAAAGCAUUGAGAGCAAAUCUGACAUGGUGUUAAAAAGUUUAUCAGGUCAAGAUCUAUCUGCCCUGAAAUUUUCAGAUGAAUCGGACAACCCGUUGUUGGGUUGCUGUCCCUGAAUUGGUAAUUUUAAGGAAAUUUUGCUGUUCUUGGUUAUUAUCUUGAAUAUUAUUAUAGAUAGAGAUAAACUGUAAACAGCAUUAAUGUUCAGCAAAGUAAGAUUUACAAAUAAGUCCACAUGACCGAAAUGGCCAGUUGACCCAUUUAGGAGUUAUUGCCCUUUAUAGUCAAUUUUUAACCAUUCUUCGUAAAUCUUAGUAAUCUUUUACAAAAAUCUUCUCCUCUGAAACUACUGGGCCAAGUUAAUUAUAGAUAGAGAUAAUUGUAAGCAGCUAGAAUGUUCAGUAAAUUAAGAUGUACAAACACAUUACCAUCACCAAAACACAAUUUUGUCAUGAAUCCAUCUGCGUUCUUUGUUUAAUAUUCACAUAAACCAAGGUGAGCGACAGGCUCUUUAGAGCCUCUAUUUUUAUUUUUUUUUUAUAGCUUUUCAUAUUUUUAAAAAGCUUUUGAUCUUCAAAUAUUUUGGCCUUGAGCAGACAAUAAUUGUCAAAAUGCUCAUCCAUUGCAGAAAAAUUGGUACUGCUUAUGACAUUUUAAGUCAUCUCUCCAAAUUUUGCUACUUUUUUCAAAAAUCUUUUUCAGAAUCCUUUUUUUUUUUGUUGUUAUGCUUGCACCUCAGGAAGUCAGAAUUUAGAAGUUUUGAAUUCUUACCUUUAAUUGUGCUUACAAAUAAUGUGAAUCCUGUCAUUUAUUGAAAACAAAAAAUCUUUUAAAUUAUAGCUGAAAACCAAAGAAAGAACUUCUGCUUGUAGAUUUAGAAUGGCAUUAAUUAAGUCUUUACUCCUUGUUUUAUCAUAAACUGUGAUUGUUAGCAUUCCAUAUAUAUAUACAUAUUAAAAUUAAUUGAAAUCUA